AUGCAAGAUGAAAAACAGUCAAAGCCUGAAGACCUUAAAAAACCUACUGGCCAUGUUCCUCAGAAGAAGCAGCCAGAUGAUCUAUCCUCAGACACAAAGAAGGCAAAGCCCCAGGAAUACCAGGAUCGCUCUGUCAAGACCUCAGUUAUAAAGAUCCAAGCGUGGUGGCGCGGCACACUGGUCCGUCGGGUGCUGCUGCACGCAGCCCUCAGGGCCUGGAUCAUCCAGGGCUGGUGGCGGCUGAUUCUGACGAAGAUGAUGGAGAAGAAGCGUCAGUCGGUACUGGAUGCCUUCCAACGGGAGCAGUGGGCAGUGGUCAGGGUGCAGUCUUGGAUCCGCAUGUGGCGAGUCCGCAGGCGGUACUGCCAGGUGCUUAGGGCUGUCCGAAUCAUCCAGUCGCACUGGAGGUGCCACAUCUGCGCUUCACGGGGUGUCAUCAAGGGCCACUACCGAAUUACGGCCAGCCAGAUGCAUCUUGAGCUGGAGAUCUUACUGGGCUCGGGGCCUUGUAUCGUGUCCGAGUGUAUUCCCCUCCCAAUAAAGCAGUGA